AAUAGUCGAUUUAGAAGGAAGAGCUGUGAUGUGAUUAAAAAGCUGCUGUCGUGCUGGUUUAUUUAUCUAUUGUUCUUUUGCGACUUUUAAAAACGUGUUAAUUGUUUGAAUUAUGUAAUACGUUACGAUAACGUAAGGAUAACGAUUUAUACGUUUUUAUAAGGAAAUGAAGAGGGUAAAUAAACAUUAUAAUGUUACCGGCCAUGGAAACAUUAGGAAACCGCAAGGAGAACAAGAGUCAAGGAAGAAGCAGAAGCUGGUUGAGAUCCACCAGGCGCUGAACAGCGACCCAGUGGACAUUGAGACUCUGCGAAGAGCUGCCGUGAGCGAGGGGGGACUCCUGACUGAUGAGAUCAGAAGGAAAGUGUGGCCCAAGCUUCUUGGUGUCAAUGUGUAUGAUCUACCUGCUAAACCAGGCAAGGAUGCUCGACAAGACCACAAGGAUUUCGACCAAGUGGUCCUUGAUGUUCGGAGGUCAAUGCGGCGUUUCCCAAAAGGCAUGCGUGAUGACCAGAGAGGGGUCCUGCAGGAGCAGCUAAUUGAUAUCAUCCUGUUGAUUCUGAAGAGGAACCCUCAGCUGCACUAUUACCAAGGGUACCAUGACAUUGUUGUCACCUUUUUGCUUGUGGUCGGUGAGAGGAUGGCAGUAGCGAUGGUGGAGACCCUUUCCACUCAUCAUCUCAGGGAUUUUAUGGACCCUACUAUGGAUAGUACAAAACAUAUCUUGAAUUAUUUGAUGCCAAUUCUAGAGCAAGUAGACCCAGAACUCCAUGAAUUUAUGCAGAGGGCAGAGGUUGGUACAAUCUUUGCACUGAGUUGGCUGAUUACCUGGUACGGACACGUCCUCUCAGAUUUCCGUCACGUCCUCCGGCUCUACGACUUCUUUCUGGCCUCCCACCCUCUAAUGGCCAUUUACUUUGCUGCAGUGAUUGUUUUGCACAGAGAGAAGGAGGUGAAGCACUGUGAUUGUGAUAUGCCCAGUAUCCACCAGCUUCUCUCCCAGAUCCCACAGAAUCUCCCGUACGAAGAGCUUAUCUCCAGAGCAGAGGAGCUGCUGAAAUGCUACCCUCCAACCCUGCUGGAAAAGAGAGCUGCUAUCCAGCCCCGCAAAAGCCUCACCAUCAGUUCGUUCCAAGACUUUCAGAGGGCCAGGCUGCAGCAGCGCCCGGAUGCGGUGCUCAGACGGCAGCUCCAGAAGAGACCUCCAGCUGAACUCGCUGCUGUCGAGGAUGCUGCAGCAACAGAAAGCAGCCACCUGGUGAAAAUGGCUGUGUGGGGGAUAUCAGCAACACUAGGGGCAGCAGCGCUGGCUGUGGCUCAGACGGCAUUAGAAUGGGCACCAGAGUUUUUACUACAGCUCUUUUAACAAGAAGGUGCCAAAACCAGCCUGACACACAAAUUGUGUGAAGUAUGUCAAUGUCACUUGUAUAAGUAUGAAGGGUAGGGGAAACAUCACUCUAUGUAUGUAAAGUACACAUCGGUAAUCCUGCCCAAGCCAAAAACUAAAAAUAAAUUUAUAAUAGAAAGUUGCACAAAAGUGUUGAGCAAUAAGAAAAGUAACAGUGGAAGCUGAAUUGAAGAAGCAAGUAAAAGGGUCAUGUUCUUAGCUGUCUUGCAAGGGAUCUCUUUGCUUGCUUUUUAAUGACUGUACAAUGUAACCAUCCUCAAUAAAGAUUUUUCAAAACAG